AUGAAUUCUGAUUCGAGCUCUGUCUCCAGCAGAGCCUCAUCUCCGGACAUGGAUGAGAUGUACCUGAGGGACCACCACCACCGCCACCACCACCACCAAGAGAGCCGCCUCAACUCGGUGUCGUCCACUCAGGGCGACAUGGUGCAGAAGAUGCCCGGGGAAAGCCUCUCGAGGACCGGCGCCAAGGCCGCGGGAGAGAGCAGCAAGUACAAAAUCAAGAAGCAGCUGUCGGAGCAGGACCUACAGCAGCUGCGGCUGAAGAUCAACGGACGCGAGCGCAAGCGGAUGCACGACCUGAACCUCGCCAUGGACGGGCUGCGCGAGGUCAUGCCGUACGCGCACGGGCCCUCGGUGCGCAAGCUCUCCAAGAUCGCCACUCUCCUGCUGGCCAGAAACUACAUCCUCAUGCUCACCAGCUCCCUGGAGGAGAUGAAGAGGUUAGUCGGCGAAAUCUACGGCGGCCACCACUCGGCUUUCCACUGCGGGACCGUAGGACACUCGGCCGGCCACCCAGCCCACGCGGCCGGCGCGACAUCUUUUUAUGAAGCUGCCCAUAGAGCAAAGUUUUGUCUCCCGCCCCCUGCCCAGAGAGAAAUUGCAACCGCCCCCUUCCUCGGAGAGAGCGGUGGCUCCCUGAAACCCUUAGUUUCAGCCCUGGAGUCCGGGGCCAGGCGCCAACGGAGAGGUGCAGAAUGUGGACCCCCGCCGGGCCCACACUCUUCUUAG